GUACACACACACACACACUCUGCCUGAGCCAUGGCCCGGCUGCACACAGUUCUGCUGGCCCUGCUGCCCAUCUUCCUCAUCCUAACUGUGCUCUCUGAGGUAGAAAGUGCAGCAGUGAAGGAUGAAAAAGAAAAAGCCACUGAACGUCAGGGAUCAUCCAAGGUUUUCGUUCCAGCAUCAGAUGCAUCAAACUUUUUCAAGCGUCGUGGCCGCAGGUCCCCGAAAUCAUACACAGAGUAUCUAGCGGAGCAUAAGAUGAGUUUGACUACUUCUGAGCGCAGCAGAGAGUACUAUGACGAACAGAGCAAUGAAUACGAGACCCGGCUGGAGAAGUCCCGAAGUGAACAGGUUGAAAGGACCCGGGAGAAUAACGAGCAAUGGAGGGAGUAUCACUACGAGGACCUCUACCCAAAUUACCCACAUUACCCACAUUAUCCACAACAUCCACAACACCCAUAUUAUUAUGCACAACACCCACAUCACCCAUACUACCACUAUUACCAGUAUUACCGUCGUUACGCCUAAGUGUCAUAAUAUAACCUUACAUGGCUGAGGGUCACGCACAGUUGUAGCAACUUUCAUGAAUGGUUGGAUGCAUUUUUUUUUGUUUCCUGAAAUUUAAUCUGCACUUUAUAUAUCUAGUAAGUGCAAUCAUUUCAAAACAUGAAUAUAUACACUGCCUGUAAUGCAAUCUGAUUAUAUUCCUUCUGAAGUCGCAUCAACUGCUUCUUUUUUACUUGUAAAAAAUUUCAUAAUCAUUUUGUA